UGGGCCGCGCGGUGGCUGCCGCUGGUGCGGUCUGCGCUGCUAACCCGGUUAGGAGUCCGGGCGGCGAGCCGAGACUUGGACCUUGAGGCGGGAAGCCCACGUGCGCGCCGCCGGGCUGGGUGCUGAAUGCGCGCGGUUUACGCUUAGCGCAGGGGAACGGUUUAACCCGAACACAGGAGAGUAAAAACGUGAAACAUUGGAUGCCAAGAAAGGGAAAUAGAACAUUCACACCAAUAAUCGUCAUGGGAUUCUGGGUUACGUAUUGUACAAAACCAAAAAAACCAAACGCGUUGCAGCCGAGUCUAUUGCGACUCACAGGAGGUCGCAAAAUAGAGUCCUGGCAAAGUUUUAAGGAGCUGGACCUGCCUAGAAACACAUACGGGACUGUUGAUAUAUUUUGCUUUCUAAGAGCUCGGCUGGUAGCCAAAAGGUGGGCAGUUGGAAUCCGCCAGCGGCUCCUUGGAAACUAUGGGGCAGUUCUAGUCUGUCCUAUAGGGUCGCUAUGAAUCGGAAUCGACUAGAUGGCAACGCAGUUUUUGGUUUUAGUCUGUGAUGCAGAAGAAUUGCAGUGCAAAUUGGUAGUAGCAAAGUGUUUCCAAGAACAUGGAACAUGCUGAUCCCAUUUUCAAUAAAGAAUUGCUUCCAGUUCCUUUGUAACCGUCAGGUCCCAGCAGCUGGCUUAAAGGACACAGUAAAAAAUGGACUCAUUUUACAGUCCAUUUCCAAUGACGUUUACCAAAAUCUGGCUGUAGAAGACUGGAUCCAUGACCAUAUGAAUCUAGAAGGCAACCCGAUUCUUUUCCUUUGGAGAAAUUCUCCGUCUGUUGUAAUUGGUAGGCAUCAGAAUCCUUGGCAAGAAUGUAACCUGAAUCUGAUGAGAGAAGAAGGUAUAAAACUGGCUAGAAGAAGAAGUGGGGGAGGGACAGUCUACCACGAUAUGGGUAAUAUCAAUUUGACUUUCUUUACGACUAAGAGCAAGUACGAUAGGAUGAAAAACCUGAAAUUAAUUGUGCGAGCUUUGAAGGCUGUCCAACCCCAGCUGGAUGUGCAGCCUACCAAAAGAUUUGACCUUUUACUCGAUGGACAGUUUAAAAUCUCAGGAACCGCUUCUAAGAUUGGCCGGACUACUGCUUAUCACCAUUGCACUUUAUUAUGUAGUACCGAUGGGACCUUCUUGUCCUCUUUGCUGAAGAGUCCUUACCAAGGAAUCAGGAGUAAUGCCACUGCUAGCAUACCUUCCUUAGUUAAAAACCUUUUGGAAAAAGAUCCCACUCUGACCUGUGAAGUACUGAUGAAUGCUAUUGCCGCAGAGUAUGCUGCUUAUCAUGGGAUUGAUAAUCACAUUAACCUAAUAAACCCAGCAGAUGAGACACUGUUUCCUGGAAUAAACAGCAAAGCCAGAGAACUACAAGCUUGGGAGUGGAUUUAUGGCAAAACUCCAAAGUUCAGUAUCAAUACUUCCUUUAACGUCUUAGAUGGACAGUCACACUUGGAAAUUAAAGUGCACAUAGACAUAAAGAAUGGAAGAAUCCAGGUCUGUAAUAUCGAAGCACCUCAUCAUUGGUUGCCGCUGGAAGUAUGUGACAAAUUAAACUCAAGUUAUAUUGACAGUAAGUUUUGCCCAAUCGAAACUACCACGCUAACGAAUAUAUUACUUAGAACAUGUCCAGGAGACCAUGAACUAUAUUGUAAAUGGAAUAUUCUCUGUGAAAAAAUGAAGGGAAUAAUGUGAUUCAACGUAAAUGUCUUAAUAUUGAUGGUUUAGAUGAGAAAAUAAAAAUUUUAAAUGUACACUGCAUGUC